AUGCUGGUUGGUGGUGGAUGGACCGAUGAGAAGGCGUGGGACAGUAAGAAGGCAAGGCGUAGGCCUCGAGGGUGUCCAGAAGCCACGAGUGGUCAGGGACAUCGUGAACAGACUUUGGACGACGGUCUCCCCACAGUCCAGGCUGUCUGGAAUGCCGCCAGGAGCUCCCCUGAUGAGGUGUCCGUUUGCGAGGCUUGUUUCCGCCCAGAGGGUGGCAAGCAGGCCGGCCCCCACACCGCCAGCCUCAGAGCCCCACGUGGCCAAGGCCACUGCCGAUGCCUCCAUUUGGGGACGAAGCGCAGCGGUGAGGGCAAGGGCGGAUUUACAGAUCCCGAGGGCUUCAGCUUCGAGCCUGAGAGGGAAAUGAUAGAGCAGGGAAGGGUGGUGCUCUGGGGCCAGGAAGGCCGACCUGGCACCCCGGUCCAUGACAAAGGGGACGGUGUGGACUACUCGUCCUACCUGGCUGACGAACCUCUAUCCUGCUCUAUCCUGCUGCCGCCUAGCGUCCAGGGACACCUGUCCCCAGAGGGCUCCGCUGCCGAAGGGUCUGCUGACAUCCGCGCAGACCUGGAGGUCCGUUCCAGUGGGAGAGGCGCGCUGAGCCCCAGCCCGGGAGAAUGGCAGCAGGACUCCAUCCGCCCUCUCCACCUCAGUAGCCCUGGGUCAGGACCAGCCUGGGAGAACCGGGAAAGGGGCUCGAAGAGCAGUUUGAGCGUCCAAGCGGAUCCCCGCGACUCCGCGGAAGGCCGUGCCAGGCUGUCUACCCACGACUCUGAUUCCGCAGAUGCGAGCAGCGGCUUACCUGUGAUUACGGUGAUCAUUCACACCAAAGAAGGAAGCCACGCCAAGCCCGGAAGCCCCGAGAAGCCAGCAGACACUGGCAGACGCCCGAGUAUGCACCGCAAGGAGAGUUACUUUCACGUUCAGGGACCUCUCCUGACCUCUCUCCCUGCAUGCAGUCUCACCCCAGCCAUGGAGAGGCCGGCCGUGGGAGAGCUGGACAUGUCUUCCUUGAAGAAAAUGCAGAGUAUGGUAUGGGGAAAGGUGGGGAUCAGGCCCAGCUGUUCAGGAGCUGCAGUUACAGGGCCCCUACCCCGGGGCCCUCUGGGAAGGAAGGUGGCCCAGGAGAAGAAAUCCCUAGGGGUUGCAACAAAACUGGCCCUGCUGGGAGCCUUUCCUGCCUGGGGGCAGAGACUCUCAGCAGUUCCACCUGAUCCAGCCAACUUCCCGCCAGUGUCUGUGGGGCUCCUGGGGAACUCCGCAAGACCCAAGGAACCCAAGCACAGCAGCCCUGGGAAGAAACCUCCAGGAAGGAAAACCAGGGAGUCCCAGGCUGCGGCCAGAGAAGAUAAUGACCCAAAUAGAGAUGAGGUCCCAAGGGCCCAACUUCCCACACACAAAUCAGAGCUGAUUUCCCUGUCUGUGUGUCAUGGAGAGUACAGCAGUGCUGACCCCAAUAUCAGAGCUCCCCAAGCAGGAACCUCACAGCACUUGGCCUUGAACCUGAGACACCUUGUGCCCAGACACCCUGCACCCUCCAGUGACUAGCAGCCACCUGUCCAUCCCCCAAGACUGGAAAGGCAGCAGCUGCCCCCGGGAGCCCAGGGCUGUCCUUGAAUAAUGCUUUGUUGCAUCUGGCUGCAGAGGGAAAUUGAUGAACUUACACAGCAGCUAGCGGCCAUGCAGUUCUUCACUGACAAGCUCCAGGACCUUUGA